AUGGCAAGAAAAGGCAGCACCAAAGUGAGGACAGGGUGCUUUACGUGCAAAGCACGAAAGGUCAAAUGUGACGAGGCUAAACCACAUUGUCGGAGAUGCACCUCCACGUGCCGCAAAUGUGAGGGAUAUCCCGCCCAUCCCACUGGUCAAGCAGCAUACUCUUGGGCAGACCUCCUCUCAGCGCAGAAUGUCGCACCGACCGUUGUCCGCCGCAAUCCGAGCAUGGUUUUUACUUCGAAUGAUAUGGAAGCCCGGGCCUUGGAGUUCUUCAGGCUCCAGGUUGCGCCGGUGCUUUCGAAGCAUUCCAGCAAGAAGUUCUGGAACAUCCUUGUAUCACAGGUUGGGCAACAGGAACCUGCCGUGCACCAUGCUCUGGUGUGCAUAGGCUCUAUGUAUGAGGGAUUGAAUGACACCAGCCACGACCUCCUGGCACUAUCUCGAGAGAGAUUCGCGAUCACUCAGUACAAUCUGGCGCUGAGCAAGUUGAUCUCAUCAGCCAAUGACAAGAACACAACCUUGCUCGUCUGUCUGCUCUUCAUCUGUAUAGAAACGAUGCGAGGAGAUAAAGAUAUGGCGAUCGAGCACUGUCGACAUGGCAUUACUAUCUGCAAUAGCACACCACAGGGGCUUUUGGGCUGGGCAAAGCAGGAGCUCCAGCCGAUAUUUCUGCGCCUGGCGACGUUCCCGUACUUCUUUGGGGUUGAAGCUGCGGAUUUCCCAGAACCUGUGGGCCUGGUCUCAGAUCCUAUCGCACUAGAUGUCACAUCUAAGGAGAUGGAGACGUCCUGGAACUGGCUCGUUAAUCGUACUGUCCGCCUGAUCCGGCUGGGUCUCAGCUAUCGUCAAGGCCCUCUACGUCACUUGUCGACACCGAGCCACCUGUACGAAGAACAACGGGACAUAUUCGAUGUCUUAGUCGUGUGGCGGAAUCAUUACAGGGACAUCAGAUUGAAAGGCUCACUGAGCCUAGACGAUUUCCCUUCGCAUCUAUCCGACGAGAUGAAAUGCAUCGUGGGCAAGAUCUGGGUCUCAUGCUGCCUUAGUGGCGACGAAACGGCCUAUGAUGAACACAAUCAGGACUUCGAGGAGCUUAUACAUCUCGCUGGACAGUUCGCUGAGCUCAAAUUGGGAGAAUCAGGACCAAAGCCGAAAUUCAUUUUCGAAAUGGGCUUUAUGCCUUAUCUUUAUUUUGUGGUCCUGAACUGCCGACGGUUGGACUUGCGACUUGCUGCAUUAAGAUACAUGCCAUUGCUUGGGUACGAGCGGGAAAAUCUAUUCAAAGCCAAGAUGCUGUAUUACGUUGGCAUGCGCUGCGUUGAGAUAGAACAUGGAAUUUCCCUCGAUCCCGCCCGACCAGAGUUUCCCAACGACAUUGAGGCACAGCUGCCAGCAGACCAAUUCCGCAUCAGGAGUGCAGACAUCACAGACGAAGUGGAGUUCCGCUUGGAUGAGAACGGUAGGGAAGUCGAAUACAAGAAAGUCUUUUUCUGGAUCAAACCUGAUGCCAUCACUCCAGGCUUCACGGAGUGGGUGAAGAUUGGAUCCUUUCCUAGCGUGCCGCCCAGGACAGAAGCGACCACUCCAACUUCCAGCGCAGCAAUGGCGACGGAGUAA